AUGAUGAGUAGCAUGGACAGCGUGGGGAGGUCCAGAGCACUGUCUCCUGGUGGCGUUGGGAAGGAGAGGGAUAACGACAGACUGAAAACAGUGUCUCCAUGCAUCAAAGGUAAACCCAGAGCAGUUUCACCAGGCAUCAAAGGUAAACCCAGAGCAGUUUCACCAGGCAUGAUAGCGGGGCAGAGGGCCGUUUCACCAGGCAUGAUAGCGGGGCAGAGGACAUUUUCUCCUGGGAGACAAGAGUGGAUGGCUCCAGCCUUGGAGGGGAGAGAGAUAGCCUGGCCUCUUGGUGAGCUGCAGUACAGCAGCAAGACCAUUACUAAGACGGACAUCUUGGACUCCAAACCAGAGCCAACCAAGGCCCCUGUCAGGAUCCGGCCCCCCAGCCCACUGCCCCCGCCCCCCAAGGAGCCCAUGUUCUUUCGCAGCCUGUCCAGUGACCCUCCUACCCAGCCCAUCAUGAGACGCAGGGCCCAGUCUCUGCCCUCGGUCCACGAGAGAAUCAGAGACCGCCAGGUCCGUUUCGUGGACUCCUUAGGCUUGGAGCUGGAGGAUGUCAAGGUGUUCAAGAAGGGAGAGGAGCCUCGUAUCCCACCCCACGUCUUCUCCAGACUCCUGAUGAGCUCUGAGAUGAACUCAGGCCGGUCCCUGGAGCUUUCCCUGCCCUACUUCAAGCCCUGCUUCCCCGAGAACAGGGGCUCCCAGCCGGGAUUUGUUCAGAGCCUGGUGGGGCAGGUGGUCUCUCUGGACCAGGUCCUGUGCUCUGAGCUGGGCAUCAUCGGCACGGUGCAGGUCCUCAACCUGGCCUUCAACAAGGAGGUGACGAUCUACUACUCCUUCACCAACUGGAGGAGCAGUGCUGAGACCGGAGCCUGCUGGGUGGCAACCCUACACAGGGAUCAGACGGAGGGACCAGAGUCUGAUGUCUUCCGGUUCCGUCUACCCGUCCCUCCGUUCAUCCUGCAGCCCGGAGCCCUGCUGGAGUUCGCUGUGUGUUACAGGGUGAUGGGAGCUGAGUACUGGGACAACAACGAUGGGAACAACUACAAGCUUUCCUGCCACAGUUAUACGCUCACUGUGCCCCGGGAGUGUGAGGACAGCAUGGUGCACUACACCUGA